AAAAGGUCAGUGUAAGAGUUUACAUUUCGUUCUCUAUCAGCCGAAGAUAAAAAGCAUAAUAAUUUUGCAGUGAUGAAUAAAUGAUUAUAAUUGAAAUAAAAUAUAUAAGAGGUUAAAUAUUUUUUGAAGAACUUUUAUAAUAAUUUUAAUAAUUCGUGCAAAAUGUUUAGCAAUAGAAUUGUUCUUAAUUGUAUAACGAGAUACCAUAUGUGGCGAAUGAUAAAAAACUUAUGUAAAAUAAAUAUUCAAACUCCAAUCUCUGUUUAUGUACACAAUUUAGUUGAUAAGCCAGCAUCAAAAGAAAUAGUUUUGCCAGUUAAUAGAUAUGUUUUAAGAACACACACAUGUGGUGAACUAACACUUAAAAAUCUUGGAGAGAAAGUAAAAUUAAGUGGCUGGAUAGAAUUUCAGAGAAUGGGAAAAUUUAUAAUCUUAAGAGAUUCCUAUGGAUCAACACAAUUACUCAUAUCAGAAGAUAGAAAGGAUUUGAUAGAAUCAACACAAAAUUUAUCUCAUGAAAGUGUGUUAAGCAUAGUAGGGAAAGUUAUAUCAAGGCCUGAUGGUCAACAGAAUAAAGUAAUGAAGACUGGUGAUAUAGAAGUAUAUGUAGAAUCUUUGGAGAUUUUAAAUAUAGCAUCACGGAAUCUUCCAAUAUUUAUUAGAGAAUUUAACAAGGCAAAGGAGAGUCAGCAAAUGAAGUACAGAUACCUUUCAUUGAGAUAUCCUGAAUUGCAAAGAAACUUAAGAAUGCGUUCUUCCCUUAUAAUGAAGAUGAGAGAAUUUCUAAUCAAUGAGUGCAGUUUUGUGGAUAUUGAGACACCGACACUUUUUAAAAGUACACCAGGAGGUGCACAGGAAUUUAUAGUGCCCACGAGACAACCAGAUAACUUUUAUUCACUAGUACAGAGUCCUCAACAAUUUAAGCAGCUUCUUAUGAUAGGCGGCUUUGAUAGAUACUUUCAAGUUGCUCGGUGUUACAGAGAUGAAACUGCCAGACAUGAUAGACAGCCAGAAUUUACACAGUUAGAUAUUGAAAUGUCAUUUGUUGAUCGGGACGGAGUAAUGAAUUUAAUUGAAAAUUUGUUGAUGUACUCGUGGCCGGAAGAAUUCGGUUCUAUAAAUGUGCCUUUUAAACUAAUGGAUUACGAAGAUGCAAUGGAAUUGUAUGGAACAGAUCAACCAGACUUGAGAAUACCUUAUCGAAUACAAAAUCUUACACACAUCGUUGAUCCGCCAAUUUUAACUGAGACCACAAAACUCGAGGAUGAUAAACAAAAGGUGUAUGCUUUAGUUUUUCCAAAUAAAUCAAAACACUUAACAAAAUCAAUCAGAGAUAACUUUUCCAAGAUCCGUAAUGACUAUUUUGAUACUACAAAGCUAAUUCAAUUCAAAAUUGAGAGCAAUUCAUGGAGAGCACAAUUGAAUAAAGUAUUUCCACAAAAUGUAGUAGAAAAUAUAUCACAGUAUUGCAAAUUGCAGGAAGGAGAUGCGGUAUUAUUAACAAUUGGACGUCGAUUUGACGCGUUGCAACUCUUAGGAAAGUUACGUGUCGAAUUUACAAAUAUAUUAGAAGCUAAAGGUGAACAAAUACGUUCGUCUAAAAAUGAAUUUUUAUGGAUCACGGACUUUCCAUUAUUCACGCAUAAGGAAAAAUUGGAAUCGACGCAUCAUCCGUUUACACAACCUCAUCCAGAUGACAUGGAAUAUCUUACGACUGAUCCUCUAAAGGUGAGAGGCUUGCAUUAUGAUUUAGUUAUGAAUGGGUCAGAAAUUGCGGGAGGUUCCAUUCGAAUCCAUGAUGCCAAUCUACAAAGACAAAUAUUGAAGAUGUUGGACAUAGAUGAAACAAAAUUAUCACACAUGCUCGAGGCUUUAACGUACGGAGCUCCACCUCACGGUGGGAUAGCCAUAGGAUUAGAUCGUCUCGUUUGCUUGCUUUGCAAUGCGAAAAACAUAAGAAGCGUUAUAGCUUUUCCGAAGACGAUGGAAGGACGAGACCUAAUGUCCGGAGCACCAGACGUCAUCUCAGAUGAGCUGAAGACAUUGUAUCACAUACAAACAGUGAAGAAAUGAAGUAUUAUUAAGUUUUUUUUCAUGAUACACAGUAAAAUGUAAUCAAGCCGAUUGCAUUUAUAUAUACAUGAGGAUCUCAUUCUUCGUUUAACGUCCGAGAUUGUGCGUGUAUAAAAGAAAUGUAAAACUACGAUUAAUUGACACUUUGUAUCGUCAUUAUUUAUAUUUUUAUCAGUGUAAUUAUUACACAAACUGAAGAGAUAUCGGAAGCACACAGCUGUGAUCUGUAAGCCAGAGUAAAUAAAAUAAAAUGUAAAAUGGAUGUACAAAAAAAGUUUUAUUCUUUCAAUAAACUCUCGUGCAUUCAAUCAAAAUAGUUCUACAGAAAAAUAAAAAAUACAAUUUACCUGCGCGCUAAGCUAUCGAGGUGAUUUUAUUUUCAAGAAGGAUCUAAAAAAGGUAAAACACUCUUUUCUGUACACUUUUUAAGAAUCCUCCUUUUAUCAAUUGAAAUUUUCAACCUAACAAAUCUCCUAACAAAUAUGUUGAUAUGUCGUGACUAUCAACUGUUGGCGGACGAAAAUUUACAUCGCUGUUUUUCACAUAUAUAUAUGUGUGUAUAUAUACUUACGUAUAAGUACAUAUGUGUGUGUGAGUGUGUGUAUGUGUGUGUGUAGAAACAGCCCAGAGUGUAUUUGGAACGGUGAUAUAUUGAUUAACAAAAUGUCGUUAAUGAAAUAUCUAUACAGUUUACGAUGCGUCAAAUUUAUUGGUUAAAAUUGUUAAAAGAACCCAUGAAUCAAGAUAAACGAAUCUAUUCGAUCAAAUCUUUUGCAAUUCUUAAUGUAAAAAAUUAUGAAACUGUAAAUCUGUAAUCAACUGUACAUACGUGCGUUACAAUUAUGGUUUGUUAAUUGAAAUAAUAGGCUGGAUCGAGUUGACAAAUAACUCUCGUAAAUUCUGCAAAUCCUUGUACAAUCGAAAUUCCGUUUCAGUGCCGCAACAAAAGAAGUGCUAUGUUCUUUAAUCUUUUUUUUGCGUAUGCUUUAGACAGAGAUACACAUACACCGUUUCAUUAAUUAUACUGUGCGGAUUAUUUUGGAAUCGCUCCAAUUACAGCGCGACACGUCUUGUGUCGUCGUAUGUUCUUAGUAUUCUAAAAUGCAUGCAGCUUGUACCAAUCGGUACCGAUCGCGCGACGAAACUCCUCAAGAGUCAAGAUCAAUAACGAGCGUGGGCCUUCGAUGUUUCGUCUACUUCGGCUAUUGAAAAGAAUUCGUACGAAGACUUAACGUAGGAACUUAAAAGAAUCACAAAAUCCGUCAUUUCCUUUUUUUCUCUCCCUCUCUUUCUCUCUAUUACAAGGUACUAUACUUUUUGAAUGCGGCAAAAGAUGAGUUGCAUUAACGAAUUGUCACUCUUUCUGGUGGCUUUGCUAGAUUUAAUCUUGCUCGCUUGCAUGAUACAUACAGGGUGUCCCGCAUCACACGGUAACAGCACGUUCCUGAAAUCAUUUUGAAAAUUUGUAAUGUCAACAUGUCGAGGCUACAAUAGCUUUUAAAUAAGAAACGUUUAGAGUUGACCAAGCACGGUAUACAAUAAUGAGGAUGUCUUCAGAUAUCGUAUUUUUUUUUUUUUUUUUCUUUAUCGUACCUGAGUGCGCGCGAAUUCGGAGCAACUGGAUUGAUCAACUUUAAGUGCUUCUCAUUUAAGAACUAUUGUAGUCUCAACAUUUUGGCACUUCAAAAUGAUCUGAAAAGUGUGCCAUCGCGGUUAGCGCGGGACACCCUGUAUACUUUUUUUAAAUGAAACUCGCUCUCUAAAUCCCUAUGUUAAAUGGCCGUAUGAAUCGACGAUUGUAAUCGGAGGGGCGUAAUCACGUUGGAAUUUUACUAAACUUACAACUCUGGCGCAUAAUACUCGCCAGAUUUCGAAGCAAGCUAUCGUUUAUGGAACACGAUAUACUAUUUUACACAACGACAACGUAUGUAUCACGCGAGUCACAUCCUGCAUCCAUUCAACUCGAUCACCUUGUGAUUCAUCGCGAACUUACUCGGCGAACAUAACUGUGUAAGAACUAUUGAAAGCUUUUCGGCUUUCAGUGUAUAUACAUGAGGUGCUUCACGUCUCUUUAGUUGACACGACCUUCUUUUGCAACUUGUACGAAACGAGAGAACGCUUACGCCCCUGGCCGACUCUUCCUUUUUUUUUUCUCCCGUGCAGCAAAAGAACGCGUUCGGGCGAGACGCGAUCAUUAGUGAAUUCGAUCGCCAUCGAAGCAACUUUCGUCUACUUUCGUUUCUCUUUUCUUGCAAGUUCUAAUUACCGUGACUUGUCAGGAUAUAUACAGGAUAUAUAAUUUGCCAUACGUGUCCGUUUCUCUUAUCCCGAAGAAGGGAACACAGUGUUUUGUGUUUCUGCUAGAUUAACGAUUACACUUCGUCGUAGGUUGUCGAUUGAUCACUACCUGGUCCAUUCGCUGAUCGAGUAAAACUUGAAAUCCACGGUUUAAUUUCUACACUUAGUGUAGUAGCAAUAGUAAUAGUCGUCGUGGCAAUAUUACAGUCGAUCGCUCGAUUUUAAGGGCUUUCAAAAGUUUGAAAUCGAACGGAAUUGAAGGCGCGGGCCCGUUGGCUGGACACUCGCUCGGUUGGCUGGCAGUAUGACGUGCGUCAAAUUGUGUUUAAUCUAAAUACGUGGAUCGUUCGAGAUGAUUGAUCUUCAACCCUUUCGCCGCGCAGCGGCCGCACACAAGACAUACAAGUGGAUAAAAGAUAUAACGAUGCGAUAUAUUUUUUAUUCUGACGCCGUAAUAUUCAUUUAAGUAAUUCGUCGAAGGACCAAUUCGUGUCACGUGAAUAGCCGAUAAUUAGAAAUUAUAAUUUCAAUGCGAACGCUUUGCACACUCGUACAUUAGUUAUUAACUCGCGAGUGUUCGCGUUACAAAAAACAUGCCUUGCUUUAAAUUACAUAAUAAAUAUUUGUACUUUUUAGUAUACACAUCUUUUUUUUUUUUGAUAUACAUUAAAUACAUAAUAUAUUCUAUAUAUAUAUAGAAAAUUAUAAAUAGAGGCAGGUAAAGUUACUCAUAAGACGAAUCUUUUUAUAAACAUCACGUGAGAAAUCAAUCCUGAAUUUAUUAAACACUCGUAGCGUGAACACUCAGGGCUUAAAACUCGGUUGGUCGAAACUAUGCAGCUAAAGGGUCGAAGUCCUUUGUACGCUCCUCUUUCUAAUAGUUUCCUCUUCACAAAAGUGUCAUGCGAGAGUUCAACUCGCGCGAAUUCGCAAAUAUACGCCCUAUCAAAGUAAUUGUUUUUACGCACACUGUGUCGCCGUUAUAAAAAAUACUAUUUUACAGCGCAGGAGGCAGGCUCUCGUCCAUACAAAUCGUUCAUACAGAUAGACAUCGUAAGGGACACGCACGAAUAUACGUAUACAAACAUAUAUAAUCAUCCGCGUAGAAUGCUACCGUAAUCGCUCGCUCGCUCGCUCGCUCGCUCGCUCGUUCGCAGAUACACACAUACAUACAUUAUCAAAUAAAAUAUCAUAAAUCGUACGCUCUUGCACAAAAUACGUUCAACGGAGACGUCUAGAAACUCUACAGAAAAUAAUGGAUACUACCAUAUGUACAUACACGAAAGAAUUGAGACAGGAGCGGGCGAUCGAAUAGAUCGAGCAAUGGAUCGCGACAUCACCAACGAAGGGGAAAUGCGGAAAGUUAGAAAUUUCCGUUAAAAAAAAUGGAGGCACCGAAUAUCCAACUGUCUAUCCAACAAAAUAGCUCAACGUAACAGAUUUGUUUCGAACAAUUUGUAACACUUUUGCUUGGCCGUGUAGCGGUUUCUUUUUCUUUCUUAAUGUGACUGAACAAACAAAACUCGCCUAUUCGUCCGCUCUGCAUUCUCAUUCGCUUUGCGGAAGCAGGAUACCACGUCGCGUACAAACGUCAAGUAGUACUGGAUUAAGAUCGUGAGAUAUAAUUAAAUAAAAAUUUAAAAGAAAAACCGCGCUUCCUACCAAAUAUCGAAUAUGUUUCCUAUCCGGCCCGCCGGUUCCACGCAUGUAGAUUAAAAACGAUACCGAUUCUACGACAGACGUAUGGUGAACGCGAGAGUUUGUUUGCCGACAAUUACAUUAUGUCCACGGCGGAUACGCAUCGCGAGUGACGCAACGCUUUAUCGCGCGGAGGUCCGUAAAAAACGUCCGACCUUUUUUUUUCCUUUAUCGCCGAUCGAGGAGUCGCGCCAAUGAGAUAUAAACAGAUUUAUAUUACGCGUUAUAAAUAAGCUCGAUCGCUCUUAUUUUUUUUUUUUUCUUGCACCGACGCAUAUCUGGUACACCUUCGAUAGCGACGACACGACGAGGAUAAUCAAGAUCACCGUCCACCGAUCAACAUCUACAGGUAGAAA